AUGUUCUAUUCACUGGCAUUAUUAUUAUUGUUCGUUCAUACAACUCAAGCAGCAAAUCAAUUAAAUUGUCCAACAAAUGUCACAUGUGUUGAUCGUCAAACAUGUUGUCUUACCAAUCAGGGUCUAUGGGCAUGUUGUCCAUUAGAAGAUGCCAUCUGUUGUAAUGAUGGUCAAACAUGUUGUCAAAAAAAUCAACAAUGUGCACCAGGUGGAAAUUGUACAUCGAAAAUUGUUGAACAGGGAAAUAAUCAAGUUCAAUUUGUUGAAACUACUGGUUUCAAAUUAAUUCCACACUCAUUAACUCAACAAUCUGUCCAAUGUCCAGAUGGUCAAAGUUUUUGUCCAGAUGGUCAAACAUGCUGUAAAUUGGCCAGUGGCCAAUAUGGUUGUUGCCCUUUGCGUACGUAA